AACAACAUUUGAACACAUUUUUAUAUUUAAAAAAAAAAACCAGUCCAACUGUGGGAUUUAUUUACUUUUUUGAUGACUGGACUAAAAUUUAUAUUGACAUAACUGAGAUAAACGAAACCAGAUUUUCUUAUAUUGCCUUAUAAUAGGUCUAGAAGAUCAGAUCAGACGUUAUUGUGUUUUAAAAAAAGAUAAUUACGUCAACAAAACGAAACUUCAAUUAAUAACGAGUCACGUGAUGAUGACGUGAUCUAUUUUUGCAUCAUAACAUCGUGACCAGAAUUAAAUGUACAUGCCACAUGAGUCGAUUUUAAACUGUUUGGGAUUAGAGUACAUUAAUUAAUUAUAUAAUAUUUUAUUAUAUUAUAUUAAUGAUUUUCUUUGAUUUAAUUUUAAAGUGAAGCUGUACAUUGCCACAACAACCAUAUCACGUGACUAACCCAAGUCAGACAACGUACAUUUGAAAGAUGCAACAAGAUCACGCGAAGGACUUAAAGUCUGAGAGUACAGUCCAUCAAAAAAAUUUCAAACGCAUGCAAUGUUACCAACUGUUAGGCCAAGUUCAUCAUGAAACUCAACUGUCAGAAGGUGGAGAAGCUGAUCUGCACAAAUAUUUUGCGGUCUGUGCUAAGAAUCCAGGCCAUGUGGGAUUUAUCCCAGCCAAGGAACUUAAGAUGCAGCAUCUCCCUGAACAACACCAAGACCCAGAUCUGUACGAGCUCAUCAGAGCUGUAGCUGACCUGACAGUCCGAGUAGAUGUUCAGAUGGUCAGUCCCCAUAGGCCAGAAUUUUGGCCCAACACUCAAUCCUCUUAUCCUUUUUACAAUCUGAAAGAAAAGCGAAAAUUCCGAACAGGAAGUGGGAUGGUGAAGAAAGUCUACCAAUACACUUCCGGGUAUAGAGACAGUUUUGGAGACCAUCAUGGACAGUACACAACGUGUUGGUGUGCACAGUGUCAGCACUCAGAAUCUCCUAGCAACGUGUGGUGGGAGUUCAAUGUGGAUACGGCCACACAUGUGGUCUUCGAUGACAUCGAAGCUCAGAAUACUUCCUUAAAACUGUUUUACGACGGACGAGACAGCCCACAAGUCAGCCUUGAGAAAGUCUGUGUGAAGUGCGUUAACGUCGAGAGAGACCUUUGCGUACUGAAGUGCGUGACGUGUGAUGAGACACUCGGCAAGACACUCAAGAGUGUCUGGAGACAUUUUAAUAAAGUCUGGAGUAUCGUCAACGACAAAUACAAGAAAUCUAGAGACUCGGACAAGUUGACCUUCAUGGUGUCACAUCCACAUGGAUGUUUUAAACAGGUCAGCAUUGGUCAGUGGAAGGACAAGUACGCCCUAGGCGGAACAUUAUUUGACCUAUACAUGUUUACAUACUCAACCUGCACAUGUCCGGGGAGCAGCGGCGCAAGUGUCCACUGUGUAGGGUAUAGCUGGUGGGGGUACGAUCAACAUGUCCACACUGGAACGUUGAAGUCGGGGCUUAAUUACAGUUGUGCUGGCGAAAUCCUGUAGUGCCUCCAUAAACAAAUCUACAUUUUUUUAAUAAGUAAAUUAAUCACAUCUAUUCAUUUAAGAAAAGCUGGCUGUACAACGUAAACGAAUGGACCGGCCUCUCUCUUGAUAUCCUGCUAAGAACAGCUGAUGGCUGAGACAAGUGGAGGGAUUUGGUUACGUGAACUGACACAGCACCCCUACGAUGAAAAUUAAUGGACAGAUGAGAUUCAUUUAGUGUUAUCUUCUUUGAAAAGUAUUUCGCCACUCUACAUAGUGAAUUCUUAUGUGAUAACUUCUUCAUGUAGCAAAUCUCUGGGGUUGGGGAGGUAGACCAAUCUGGUAGGCUACGAAUAAUGUCAGAAAUAGUUCACCAUAGAUCUAUUCCUUAUGUACAUCUUCUCAUGCCAAGAACAUAUUAAUUAAGUUAUUGUUAAUUUUAUUUUAAAAAACUUGACAGACGGAUGGACAGAGCAGACAGACCAUACAAAACUUAUACGGGUGUGUUUAUAUAUCUACCAGAAUGUUUCCUAAAAAAACAUUUAAUAAUAAUGUAAUAUAAACAUCGGAGGGUUGUAUAGAAAUUGCAUAGACAUGCAUGUCAGUGCCUUUCAUAAUGUUAAAAAUGAAAAGAAACAAAAUGCAUGGUCAAAUUUUAGUUUGAUACAAAACUUUAGCGAUAAAAGAAACGAAUUUUGUACUUCAUUAUUAUUAGGAAAAAAAAUUAUCGAAAUUGUGUUUAAAACCAUUGUACUGAAAUUAUUGUUUACUUACUGCUAGUAGGCUUCAUUUGUUUGUAUGUACUUCUGACACAUUGUUUUUCUACAUCCCACAUUUCGCAGUAGAUCUAGUUGUAGGUCAUGAUAGACAAUACCAGAACGAUAUUGUUAUCUUUUUGAACGAUUAUAAAACAUUACUAAAUACAUUAACAGUGGAGCUAUGUAUAACAAGCACACACUACUGGCAUAUGUUUUUUUUAAAUGUAGUUUAUUUUAAAAUCCACUUCAAAACAUACCCCCCCCCC